CCGCCCUCUCUCAAAAUGGAGUUGUCGGAUUCCGUGCAGAGGGGACUCCGGUCCCUCGGCGAACCGUCAGCCGUGGACGACGCCGGCUUCCCGGUGCUGCUUGAUGUCUGUUUCCGCUCUCUGCUUUCCACUGGCCCGGACGCGGAUUUGCUGGACGGUCCUGAAUUGAAGCAGGUCGAGCGGGUUCUUCUGAAGCGAAUCCACACAGCCACCUCCACGUUCAUCCUGGAAGCGCUCCGGCAAAAUGCUGAUGAGUCAACCAUAAGUUCCUGCCUUGAGGAGCUGUCAUUCAGUUCAGAAAGAAUCCAAAUAUUCUAUAGCUGCUAUCAGAAGCACAAAAAGGAGAUGGAGCAAUUGUUAGCAAGCAUUGGAAGGCAACCAGCUCACAUUACUGACGUGUCAUGGCGCCUCCAAUAUCAAGUGAAGAACGGACAGGUCGAUAAGGUCAACGAGCCUUUCUACCUCAUAACGCUCAACACGGAGAAUAAAAGUCGCCCCGAGGAUAUUACCUUUACCUGCAACGUGGAGCAGUUACAGGACUUGGUUGGCAAGCUGAAGGACGCAGCCAAGAGCGCAGAGAAAGCCAGUCAGAUGUGA